GGCGGCGGCGGCGGCGGCGGCGGCGGCGGCGGCGGCGGCGGCGGCGGCGGCGGCGGCGGCGGGAUGUUCACCACGGGGGCGGAGAGUCUGCUCCGCCAGGCCAGGGCCGGUCCCCAGCCCGAGAGCCGUCCUGUCACAGCUCAGGGCGGCGUUUCCGGGUCCCUCGUCGCCGGGUUGCCGACGCCGUCGUCUUUGUUUAGGGAGCUCCGGGACGAGGAGCUGGCGAGGCUCUGUGCCCGGGUCUGUGCGCUACUGCGAGAGGAGGACUGGGGUCCCGACGCCCCGGACGCCCUGCGGAGGCUCUUCCUCAUCGUCUCGGCCACGAAAUACAACAGGAGGCUGGAGAGGCCUUGCCUGGCACUGCUGCAGACCACCCUCUGCUCGCCUACCUGCCCCGAGCAGCUCCAGCUGCUCUGCGCCGCUGUCCUGAGAGAGAUGUCACCCUGCGACAGCCUGAGCCUGUCCUGCGACCACAUCCAGAACACGCGGCAGCUGGGCCUCGUGGCCUCUGUGCUCUUGGCCCAGGGUGACCAACAGCAGGUCAGGAGCUUGGCCCAGCGCGUCCUCAAGGUCCUGGAGAGCCGGCAGCCCGAGGGGCCCAGCCUGAGGCACCUCCUCCCUGUCGUGUCCAAGGUCACCAGCCUGGCCCCAGACGCCCUCCAUGAAGAGCAGACCAGGGCGCUCAGCAAGCGGCUGGGGGACUGGCUCCGCUACGCCAGCGUCCAGCAAGCGGUCGCCCACUCCUCCGGGGGCUUCUUCUCCACGCCUAGAGCCCGGCAGCUGGGCCCUGUCACCGAGGUGGACGGGGCAGUGGCCACGGACUUCUUCACGGUGCUGUCCACGGGCCAGCGCUUCACGGAGGACCAGUGGCUGAACGUGCAGGCCUUCUCCAUGCUGCGGGCCUGGCUGCUGGACAGCGGCCCUGGGGGCUCCAGCGCCCCGGACGCAGACGACAAGUCGGAGCUGGAAGGCUCCACCCUGUCUGUGCUCUCGGCCACCUCCACCGCCGGACACCUGCUGCCGCCCCAGCAAUGGCUGCGGGAGAAGGCUUUCGAGUACUGCCAGCGCCUGCUGGAGCAGAGUAACCGGCGAGCCCUGAAGAAGGCCGACUCAGACCUGCAGAAAGCAUGUCUGGUGGAGGCUGUGCUGGUGCUGGACGUGCUCUGCCAGCAGGACCCCUCCUUCCUGUACCGCACCCUCUCCUGCCUGAAGCCCCUGCACACGCGCCUGCGCGGGGACCCAGCCUGGGUGCGGGCGCUGCUGCCCGUCGCCCAGUUCUUCCUGCACCACGGGGAGGCCGCCGCAGUGGAUGCGGAAGCCGUCUACCAGCACCUCUUCACCAGGAUCCCCGCUGAACAUUUCCACAGUUCGAUGCUGGCCUUCGAGUUCGUCCAGUUCUGCAGGGACAGCCUGCCUCUGUUCGGCAGAAACCUUGGCAUUCUCAGGACAAGCUUCCCCAACCUCUUCAAGUUCCUGGCCUGGAACAGCCCGCCCCUCACCUCUGACUUUGUGGCGCUGCUCCCAUCGCUGGUUGACGCAGGGACGGCCGUGGAGAUGCUCCACCUGCUGCUGGACCUGCCCUGUCUGACCGCAGCCUUGGACCUGCAGCUCAGGUCGCUGCAGGCUGCAUCUGAGAGGCCGCCCUGGGACGUCUCCAUCAGGGCCCCCGGCUGCCUGGAGGCCCUCCGGGACUCGCAGGUCCAGGGUCUUUUCCAGCACCUGCUGCGUGCCCACGCCAGCGGGACCGUGGAGAGGUUGACGCCGCUCUACCGGCUGCUGCAGCCCCUGGCCGGCUGCGCCCGGGUGGUCCAGUGCGCUGAGGCCGUGCCCACCCUGCUCCGGGCGUUCUUCUCGGCGGUGACACAGGUGAGCCCGCUUCCCGGGGCCUCUGUCCCUGCAGCAGAGGGCCGGCUAGAGCUAGGACCCACAGGGCCCCAGCUUCCUCAGUGGCCAAGGGGCCAGUCCAUCACAGCAGACAGGGCAGCUCACACCAGCCCCAGCCUGGCUCCUGUCCCUCCCAGAACUGGGGCCGAGAGAAGCCCCCAGGGCAGCAGCCAGCCAGGUCCGGAGCAGAGGUGUUCCCUGGGGGUGGGACGCAGUCUCUCUCUCUCCCAGUUUGCUGACGGGGCCCUGGCCAGCCAGCUGGUACUGCUGCUCCUGGAACGAAGCGACUCGCUUUACCAGGUCCCAGGGUACGAAGCCGGUGUGCACAGGGUGCUGAGCUCCCAGUUCCCGGCCCUGUGCAAGCUGCAUCCUCCACUGGUGGUCGAGCAGGCGAAGGAGCUGCUGGAGUUCGUGGGCGGCCCCCGCAGCGGCGGGCACAUGCUCACAUCUGUGGUGUGGGCGAUCGGCGAGUACCUGUCGGUGUCCUGGGACCGGCGCUGCACCGUGGAGCAGAUCAACAACUUCUUCGAAGCCCUGGAGGCCCUGCUCUUUGAGGUCACCCAGUCGCGGCCCUCCACCACCCUCCCCAAGUGUCCUCCGCAGGUCAUCACUGUGCUCAUGACCACACUGACCAAGCUGGCCUCUCGGAGCCAAGACCUGAUUCCCAGGGUCUCCCUGCUCCUGUCAAAGAUGAGGACCUUGGCCCAGAGCCCAGCCACGGGCUCCACGCCUGGUGAGGAGGGCGUGGGAGCCAUCCACACGCGGGCCACCGAGCUGCUGAACCUGCUGAAGAUGCCCAGCGUGGCCCAGUUCGUGUUCACGCCCAGUGUGGAGGUGUCCGAGCCCCGCUAUCACCGUGACACCAACACGGCCCUGCCCCUGGUCCUGCGUACGGUCAGCCGGCUGGUGGAGAGGGAGGCAGGCCUCCUGCCAGGGUGAAGGGACCAGGUGGAUGCCGGGCAGGCCUGCAGGUUGAGAGCCUGGUAUUACCAGCCAUGGCUUCAGU